CUAUGAAGUUCCUCCAAAACAACGCUACAACUGUUCCCACGCCUAAACUCUACGCCUACGAGCCGCCAGGAUCACAGCAAGCUGUUGACGUGGGCGCAUGCUACAUGCUGAUCGAGGGCUUCUACGGGAACACUCUGCAAGACGUAAAGUUUGAUAUCUGCGAUCUUCCCACAAAUACCCAAGAACGUAUUAUAUCUCAAUGGGCAUCCGUCCAGGCUGAGCUAGCCACCUUCUCCUUCCCCCAGAUUGGCUCUAUCUCAAACUUCUCCAAAGAGGAUGACGGCGUGGUGACAAUCGGUCCCCUUGCUGCAGCUGCAGCAGAGCGUUUCGCAUUUGGAGGCCCUUUCGCAACAUGCACCUUCGUUUUCUGCGACAUCGUGGCUAGCACCGAGCUGUUCAAGGACAAGGAAACUUCUUUCCAUCUUAAUCACAUGGAUAUGGGGACUCAGAACAUACUCGUGGACGAUGAGUUCAACUUCUUAGCGGUCAUUGAUUGGGAGUUUGCACAGUCGGCUCCUGUGCAAGUCAACCAUUUUCCAAUGCCCUUUCCCCUCAUUUCAUCUGAAGCUAGUAUUCAAAAGAUACUGCAGGACACUGAGCACUUAGCUUUCCGCAACGUGUCACGACAGACUGCCGCGCAGCAGCUAUACUGGCAAAAAUUUCAGGAUGCAGAACGGAAUCUAGCAGAGCAAGGGAGACCGGUCAUUCCCUCCAUUUCCGAAAGAUUACGAGGACCUGCUUCCAGAAUCUAUGCAAUUUUGGAGAAGCUUGGUGGAUUCUGGGGACCUAAAGAUCUCACGUAUGAGAUGGUGCGGCUCUCUUUUGGAAUUGAGGGCGACGCGGCGAAAGAAUAUCUUGAGCGAAUGGAAAGGAAGAUGAACGAAAAGGAAAGUUAA